GCAUCUCCAGUAUCACUUCAUUAGCGAGAUUGAUGCCACAGUGAUAACCAGGUCUUUUUUCGGCAGGAAUUUCAAUCCCAGUCGGGUCUCCACGCAAACACAUCUCGAUUCAUUAUAUAUUCAUUGAAUACGUUCAGGCAGACGAGUUAGUCAUGAAGUUAUUCUUGGUUACUGUUUUGAUCUCAAUGGUCGCAGGUACCUGGGCCAUUGAGUGCUACGUCUGUGGAGUUUCGGGUUGUACUGAUCCUUUCGAUUCCUCUGCAUCAGGUGUAUCGAACACUUGUCCUGGAAGUAGUUUGAUUACAUACGAGUAUUGCGUGAAAGCAGUUAGUGGAUCAUCAGUAAUACGUUCUUGUGCUACUGCCUGUACUGAGGCCUGCGUAGGCGAUGCCUGUACCUACUGCUGCAAAUCCAACCUCUGUAAUGGAGGUACCACCGUGACAACCAGCUUCGUUGCUAUGGGCGUGGCCAUGCUGGCUGCCGUCAUCCUCUCCAGACAAUAGACUGCAGAGUAUACAUCACGUGAUCGGGGUCAUAGGAGAAAUAUACACAGCAAUAUGUAUGCUCUGUAUACGUAGAAUUGUGGUGAAAAGAUGCGAAUCCUCGGUCUUUCUCGCAAAAGUGUGUUUAAGACGAUCGUAAUAACUUUUAAGAAAACAUCCAAAGGCAAUAUCAUGGCCUUGUCCAUCAACAAUUGAAAUCUGCGAACAUUGCAACGAUGUACUGGAACUAAAUAAUCGGAAUAUGAUUCCUUUGGCAUACACAGUAGGGUUUUGAAUUUGCUAUUCGAAUAAUUUCUUUAAAGUCUUUGCGAUCGUGAACCUCUUAAAGUUGUGUGUUUUGUUAAUUUUGUAAUGCAUAAUCUACAUCUCUUAUUCAGUUUCUAUUCCAUUUAAAAAAUGAAAGAGAAAAUGUACAACAGUAGAUCAGUUAUACACUUAUGCAGAAUAAGUGCUUGUAAAUAAUGUCAUACUCUUUCUAUAAUAGAUUGAUUUUUAAACAUCUGCAUACUGUUUUGUAUUUUAACAAUAGACAUUUCUUAUGUGCUUUCAAUGUUCUUCUUCCAAUAAAAGGAGAAGUCAAACCCCAAAACGUUGGCAUAGAUUCUUCAGAUGAUUUCUGGGAAAAUAUAGUAAUUCAAAGAUGGAGAAUGUAAGACAAUGAUUUCAAAUAAUAUUGCUCUUGAGUUAAUUUCUUGAAGGUCUUUGCAAUUGUGCUUUGUUUUAAAAGGGAUUAUCUUCAGAAACAAGUUCAAGUAAACAAGUUCAAGAAUAUGAUUGGAAGCAAUCAGCUAUACAAUUAGAAAUCUAGAUUUCUCUUCGCAAUCCUUGCUAAAAUGAACAAAAUUUUAUAAAAUGUCAUUUAUACCUGAAACUAAAGUAAGAAAAGCAUGUAAAUAAUAAGGAUUAUCAUAAAUGUAGGUUCAUGUGAUUAUUUGACAUUUUGUACCCCGGAAUGCUAUUUGGCAAAUGUAAUCAUGAAUCAGGGGAAAGAGUAUUUGGGCUUCUUUUUCUUAAGAAAAUUUUGUUUGUUAGGGAGAGAUUUCAUGCUCCCUUAAGGAGGGGAAAACCCUGAAUCGACAUAGAAUCGUAGUGACGUCAAGCCAGUUGUACGAUUGUAUACGAUUUAAAGCAGAUUCGGCUUUUAUUCUAACUAGAAGAGACUAAUGCACUAAAGUUGCAGUUGUUAAUAUUCUUAUCGUUAUUCAAAACCUAAAUCAAGAGGAUAGUACUUGCUUUUUCCAUAUCAUAAUACAACCGCCUUUACUACGUAAAUCGGAUCACAGGAAAAUCGUGUAGUGCGCGCUGGGCUUAAAAGUUAAUUAGAUAACGGUCUUCCAGCUCUCAAUAGACGUAACGUUCAGUAUGAUAACAUAACAUGUAGUGCUAAGGAAUAAUAGGGAAGGGUGAAAAUAUUAUAUUAAAAAUACAUCUGUCAAAACAGCAUUUCCCGCUAAAUGACCUUUUCAAUGCAUGUUUGUUUCUUAACAAUUCUUUUAACUAUGUUGGUUUAAAGUUCAAUAUUAACUAUGAAUAGAUCAUUCCUCGUUGUGUUUUAAUAGUAAACGUUGAGGGUAGGUUUUUGUUUAUAUUGACUCAGAGUUUCUCUAGUCAAUACAUUUUUCACCCUUUUUAUACUUUUCUUUUAAUUAAACAUAUCAAUUACUUCUACCUUGUUUUACUUCCUUAGAUAUUGUAUUGUGUCGUUUUACCAAUUAAUGGUUGUUACGAACAGGGAAGUCGGUUUAACCAAUUUGUUGACUCUUGAUUCUCGGUGGAAUUGCGGAUUAAAAAUGCAAAAUGACAUAUCUGAUUACCAUUGAAGGGUAAUCCAACCAUUGCAAUAAUUUUAUUUGUAUGAAAGCAGAAAAGAUAACGCAAACUGAAUGGCGAAAUGGAAAAAAACCCGAGUCAUUCAUUUGGGGGAAAAAUGAAAUUUUAGUCAUUUUGUGUGUUGGAACAUAUGAAAAAGUUGUCCGGCAUUACAUCAAAGUGACACUGCUGAUUCAGCCAAUCCGUAAUUCUCAUAGGCUUACAAUAGUGAAAAAAUAAAAACAUCCUUUUUUCUGUCCGA